AUUCUGAGAGGAGGGCACCAUCAAGUCCAAGAACUCCAGGAGUUAAGGCUUUUUUUUCGUCUUCUGCAGCCAUGAAGUUCUCCCUUGUCGCCACUCUUCUUGUUGUGCUGGCUGUUGCCCACGGCUCUGAGGCCAGGGCACUGGUGAAACGUGAGGUCCAGGCCGAAGUGGAGCGGCUCACCCAGCUCCUGAAGGACAUGUCCGCCAGCGUCACCACCGCCACCCAGGACAUGGUGGAGAAGAUGAAGGCUCUGGAGAUGACCAACACUGCCCAGACCUACAUGGAGGACAGCAGGGCCAGGAUCCAGCCUCUGGUGGAGAAGGUCCAGGCUGAGGCCGCCAAGCUGCAGGAGCAGGUCAAGCCGUUCAUCUCCAACAUCGAGGAGCACGUCCGGCCCCUGACGGACGACCUCAACUCUCAGGUCCAGCCCCUGACCGAAAACCUGCAGGCUCAGGUGAAGCCCCUGACUGACAUGAUGGAGAAGUUUCUGCAGCAGGUGAUGGAGCAGUCCAAGGCCCUGAUGCCACCUCAGUAAACAUCCACCCCCACAAAAAAAAACGGACUCAGAAUCCACUCUGAACGCUAAACACUGCCGACUGUUAUGCUUUACUGUUUCAUUUCAACUCCAUCAAUAAAGGGAUUAAAAACGUAA